CUACAGGAUUCUUUAAAUCCUUCCGUCGGGGGCGGUGCUUAGAGCCACUACUCUUAACAGCGGGAAGGUGGGUGGGCCGGGGCGGAGAGCUACUGCUGGACCGAGUACCACAGAAACGUUGGUGGUAGAAGAUAGCUGAGCCUGUCUCGCCCGCACGAAGCUCCAUCCUGCCCUGCAUUGGACUCCCCGGCCUCCCCCUGCCAUGGCCCAGCAGAGAGCCCUGCCCCAGAGCAAGGAGACACUGCUGCAGUCUUACAACAAGCGGCUGAAGGACGACAUCAAGUCCAUCAUGGACAACUUCACUGAGAUCAUCAAGACUGCCAAGAUCGAGGAUGAGACACAGGUGUCACGGGCCACUCAAGGUGAACAGGACAAUUAUGAGAUGCAUGUGCGAGCUGCCAACAUCGUCCGAGCAGGAGAGUCUCUGAUGAAGCUGGUGUCUGACCUCAAGCAGUUCCUCAUCCUGAAUGACUUCCCAUCAGUGAACGAGGCCAUUGACCAGCGCAACCAGCAGCUGCGCGCCCUGCAGGAGGAGUGCGACCGCAAACUUAUCACGCUGCGGGAUGAGGUUUCCAUCGACCUGUACGAGCUGGAGGAGGAGUAUUACUCGUCCAGCUCAAGUCUUUGCGAAGCUAAUGACUUGCCUCUGUGCGAAGCUUACUGGAGGCUGGACCUGGACACAGACUCUGCUGAUUGCCUCUCGGCCCCUCUGCUGGCGUCCCCAGAGCCUGGCACAGGCUCCCUGCAGGUUGCAGCCCCCGCCCACUCCCAUGCUGGUGGCUCUGGCCCCACGGAGCACACCUGAGUCUCCUACGAUGCCCUCCCUGACCCCUGGUUUAUCAGGAGCAAAAUCCAGUCCCCUCCUCUGGAUGCCCACCACACCUCACUAAUUCUUAGAGACUCUAGGACCCAGAAGCCACUGUAACCUCCUUAGAAAGUUGGCCCACUGGGGUCUGCCUCCCAGGGUGGCCUGGCAUCAUCUUCAGCUGCUGCCUUCCUGGCUGGCCAGGUGGGAGGAAGUUGAGGGCCUUGACUGGGUGAGGGGUUGACUGACAGCAGAGGCAGCCUCCCAAGGCUUAAAAUUGGGAGCUGCCCAAAGUCAAUGGUAUUCCUGGGCCACAGUGCUCUUCAGAGCCCUCCUGCUGCCUUCUGCCCCAGCACACAUAUCUGUGCCACAGGCUGGAUGCUCUGGCGGGCCUGUGUGAGGGGCUUCUUCCCAUGUCCUGCCAAUAUGUCCGUUCUGCCAGCUUUGUAAUAACAUUGAAUAAAAACACUGCCACUUUUUCA